AUGGCUCUGGAAAUCGUGGGCAUGGCUCCGAAUGUGGCCCAAAUCUCUGUUGCCAUCAUCUUGGCUGUCUUGUCCCCCUUUCUAUUGACGUAUGCAUACACAUCUCGCCAGAUCAGUGCCAAGGAGACCAGUGAUGGCGUGGCAAGUCCAACUCCUAUCGCGCCUUACUGGAUUCCAGUACUGGGGAACGCAUUGUCUUUUUCUCGCGAUACUGUGGGAUAUAUACAGGGUCUCAAGGCAAAGUUUGGCAUGAAGCCUGUAAAGCUUCUGCUUGCUGGCGAUCAAAUGACUUAUGUACCCCACGGAGAUAAAAUGGUCACUACAUUAUUGGAUGCCAAAGAGCUACAUUCAGGCCCAUUGGCCGCAAAGCACCGGCGCGACACGUUCAACUUUCCCGAGGCGGAUGACGCUAUUUAUCUACAGGACGACUCGGGCCUGCAAGUGAAGCCUUGGGCAAACUCGACUGUCCGGCCUGAUCGCCGUGUCAUCUACGAGGAGCACUUGAUUAUCCAUACUCAGCUCAAUGGCAAUGGAAUGAGUGUGCUGCUUGAAAAGACGCUCGAGUUCUUGGUCCGCUCUCUGCAAAGCAAGAGACAAGAGUACUCGAGCUGGACCGAGUUGCCCGACUUGACCGAAUUCGUGCGCAAUGAAAUGUUUGAGGCCACGCUGCGCGCUCUCUGCGGUGAAAGGAUCUUUGAAGUCACACCAACUCUUCUAGACGAUUUCUGGGCAUUCGACCUGGGCAUGCCAGAUCUAUUCAAAGGAUUGCCCAAGUGGAUGGCUCCCAAAGCCCAUGCCGCGAGAACCAGAAUGGCAGCCAUUAUCAAAAACUGGCACCUGGAUCCUGUUACAGCUGAAAAGUACGAUGAGUACAUUGCUCACCCGGACCGCAUUCCUGAUUGGGACCCAAUUCUUGGCCAUCGAAUGAUGAUAACCCACUAUAAAAUGCAUGUAGACUACGGGUUUAGUCUAGAUGGAAGAGUCGCUGGUGAACUCGGCCUUAUUUGGGGAGCCAUGACAAAUCUCAUUACCUCGACCAUCUGGCCUAUCCUGAACGCAGUAUUGUCGCCUGCGGUAGCCGAACGAGUCCUGAUUGAAUCCUCGCCCUGCUUUACCGAGGGAUCACUGGAAAUCAGUCAGAGAGCGAAACUAGCAUCCUGCAAUCUCCUCGUGUCAAUGUAUCUGGAGAGUCUCAGGUACGGCAUUGCCGUCAGCAUCCCCCGUACACCGUGGCCGGAGAAUGGGUACAAGCUAGGGGCGUGGAAGCUCAAGAAGGACGAGAUAGCCUUCACCAUCAGUGCCAUUGCGCAUCUAGACGAGACGUUUUGGAAUACGGGGCACCUUGUGGACGGGAAACCAGAGCAUCCGACCAACCAGUACUGGGCUGAGCGGUUCAUGGAGUAUCCCGAUGACCCAUUGAGCGGACCGAUUCGAAAGUACGACAAGCACUCCGAAAUUUACCACACGACGGCCAAGCCGCCUACGAGGACAACAGAGGAUGACGAGAAGGCAACUAUCAUCACCCACGGGCUGUCCAGUCACUACUUUCCUUAUGGAGGUGGUGUCAAAAUAUGCCCCGGUCGGUAUUUUGCAAAGCAGCUUAUUUUAGCCGCGGUCCCUACCUUUCUCAGGGCUUUUGAUAUGGAGUAUUUGGAUCAUGAGUCUGCUGCCAAAACCAAACCAGACUAUCACUAUUUCAUGUUUGGAUCAUUGUCUCCGGACAGGAAAAACCCUAUUCGGAUCAAGGCAAAGAAGAUCUAA